AUGCAGGAUUCCGUACUUUUAUCCGAAGCCUUCGAUGCAUCACACCGGCCGUGGCCCAACCGUCCUGAGCGAAAAAAAGGAGUUUCCCCCUCCGGACGGGAUUUUAAUAUGACGUUAUACCGCAUGAAGGGAUGCCCGUAUUGUGAGAGGGUUGAGUGGCUGCUUCGUUACCAUCUCGUGCCAUUUGAAAUUGUUGAAGUUGGCCCGCUCACGACAAAAGGGUUUCCGGACCAACGUUUUGUACAAGUCCCACAGAUCGGGCUGGAGGCGGUCGCUGAUCCAAACAAUCCGCACGCGGCGGAAAAAAGUGUGGCGUACGUGGCGGAUUCUCAACACAUCAUUGCAGCGAUUUCAGCGCCACUGGGAUUCACGAAGCAGUUGAGUGACCCGCGCAUUAUGGAGACACGGAAAUGGAUGAUGGAGCGGUUUCAAGCGGCAGGUUUCUUAGCAAUUAACAGCACUUGGAGAGAUGCGUACACCACAUAUCCACACGUAACCCCAUCCCAUUACUACUACCAAAAUCCGAUCUUUCACGUGGUUGGUGCCACUGCCCUUUACGCUUUAGCAAAAUAUAAAGUCGCCCCCCGGUUUGCAGCUGAAGAAUCGGCCACAAGCGGAUUUCCCUCAAUGGAAAAUUCUCUUCAAAGGGACCCUUCCGCUUGGCUCGCUGCGGAGUUGUCCGGUUUUGCUACGCGCCUUUCCGGCGGUUGCCACCAACUUCACGGCGGGAAGGAACCGGAUAUUGCAGAUGUGGAAAUGUAUGGCCUGACGCGUAUUAUUGACGCCCAUCCGAGACUUCGGAGCGCUCUUCACGAAGGACCGCUGAAAGAAUGGUGUGCAGCCAUGGAAGCGGCGUUGCAGAAGCGGACGCAUGUGACAAAAAAAUAA